CGGAUCUGGGUGGCCCAGACUUGGAGGCUGGCUGUGGGCAGAAGCCUUCAGGAGAAGAACGCAGCAGCAGAAGUGCAGACCUGGUUCUGUUUUCCCUCAGCGAUGCCUACUCUGUCUGUGUUCACAGAUGUGCCCAUGGCCCAGAAGCUAGAGGGCAGCUUGCUCAAGACCUACAAGCAAGAUGACGACCCGAACAAGAUGUUCCUGGCCUAUAAAGUCUGCAUGACCAGCGAAGGCAGACCCUGGGUGUCCUCCGUGGUGCGCAAGACUCGAAUGCAGAUUGCCCAAGAUCCCUCCCUGAACUAUGAGUACACGCCGGUGAUGGGCAUGAAAUCAUUCAUCCAGGCUUCCCUGAACCUCCUCUUUGGAAAGAACAGCCAAGUCAUUGUGGAGAACAGGGCAGGGGGUGUGCAAACCGUGGGGGACAGCGGCGCUUUCCAACUCGGGGCUCAGUUCCUCAAAAGUUGGUGUCAGAAUUCUCAGAUAGUUUACAUCGUUUCUUCUCAAAAAGAACCGCAUGGACUCAUCUUCCAGGACAUGGGCUUUACAGUUUAUGAGCACACCUUCUGGGACUCCGCACAUCUGUGCUUGGACCCCAACAUGCUCCUCGAUGUGGUGGAGCGUGCCCCGCACGGCUGCGUCUUUGUGAUCGGGAGUAUCGGCAACUGUAGGCUGACCUCGAGUCAGUGGACACAGUUGAUGACCCUGAUGAAGGGCAAGGAGAUAUUUCCAUUUUUUGACAUUCCCUAUCAAGGCUUAUCCACCGGUGACCUGGAGGAAGAUGCUAUAUUCUUACACUACUUUGUGUCUCAAGGCUUUGAGUUCUUCUGCAGCCAGUCUCUAUCCAAGAAUUUUGGCAUUUAUGACGAAGGAGUGGGUACCCUCGUGGUGGUGGCGCUCAACAACCAGCUCCUGCUGCGCGUCCUCUCCCAGCUGACGAACUUCGCGCGGGCCCUGUGGCUAAACCCUCCCACCACGGGCGCUCGCAUCAUCACCUCCGUCCUCUGUAACCCUGCUAUGCAGGGAGAAUGGCGACAGAGCCUGGAAGGGGUUGUAGAGAACAUCAUGAUGACCAAGGAAAAGGUGAAGGAGAAGCUCCGGCUUCUGGGAACCCCUGGCUCCUGGGAUCACAUCACUGAGCAGAAAGGGUCCCAUAGCUAUCUUGGACUCAACUCCCAACAGGUGGAAUACCUGAUCAGUAAAAAGCAUAUCUAUAUCCCCAAGAAUGGUCGGAUCAACUUCACCUGUAUCAAUUCCUACAACAUAGAUUACAUCACUGCGAGCAUCAAUGAGGCUGUCUGCUUCACAAAGGACUCAGAGAAAUAGCUUCUGAAAGUAAAUGACCCCUGAUUGGAAUAAAAGCUUUAGUCUU